UCACCUCUUACGAUCUGUCUGUGGUGCAGUCAAAAUUUUUAAAGAAAUUAUAUUUGUAGAGCAAGUAAAUUCUUUGUUACACCUGUAGAUCAUGUUUCUUUGAAAAUUAUCCAUUUGGCUUCAUGAAAUAGCAGCAGAUACACCGAAAUGGUUACAAUAAUCAAGAACCAGUUAUUAAAACAUUUAUCGAGAUUUACGAAAAAUCUAUCUCCAGAACAAAUAUCUCUAUCAGCGCUCCGUGGAUCUGGUGAGCUCCAGGACUUAACGUUAGAUGAGGAUUUGUUGACAGAUCUCCUAGAGUUGCCUGGGUGGGUUCGCUUGACAUCAGCUAAGUGCAAUCGUGCCUCAUUCAGGAUACAAUGGACCAAACUCAAAACUGUGCCCAUAGUCUUGAACCUCGACGAAGUGCACAUAGCAUUAGAAGUAUGUUCGGAGCCGCGAGUUUUAAAUCCAAAUGCCGCGGCGGCCAUGCCAGCGCCAGGGAAAUAUAGUUACAUUCAUAAGGUGAUAGAUGGUAUCUCAGUGGCUGUGAAUCAUGUUCAAGUAGAUUUUAAUUGUGAUGCAUUCACCAGUAGUGUUCAGAUCUCAAGAGUGACAGUUGAAUCGCGGACUCCGGACGGCAGGAAGGGUGACCUAAGACUGACUAGAAUCAAGUCGCCAGACACAGGACAGCUACUUAUUUUUAAGGAAUUGGAAUGGCAAAGUGCGCGUAUAGAAGCCAAAGCGCACGGUGCAGCGGCUGCAAACUUACCACCACUAAGACUGCUCUUGGGAAAUACACACUGCCGUAUUGUGAUCAAGAAACGAUUGUCGGACUGUGCAGUACUAGGUUCACGACUAGUGCUCCGCCCGGAGCCGCUCGCGUGGGCACUAACAGAUGGACAGCUACGGGCAGCUCUAGCUUGUGCCGCUGCACUAGCGGGGCCGGUACACCGCGCCACACAGCUCGCGACCCGUACGAAAGCUGCGAGGAAGAUAGAGGAACCAAUACAACAAAUCCAAACCCGCUCGACGUCAAGCGACCGCGACAUUUUGGCGCGAAUGUUCGCGAAGCACGACGUUCGAGAAACUUCCUACCACCUUUUGGCGCCAAGGAUCGACUUGCAUCUGUGUGAUGAUCCUGGAUUGGGUAGAUCAGAAAUGCCUCAACUAGCGAACGGUGGCGCGUUACAAGUGACGCUAGUGAGCAUGCAAGCUGAUCUCUUCCCUUACCAUAAGGCGUCUGAUGAUAGACGGCAUUGGAGAGGAUAUAGAGAAGCAGCGACACCACACAGUCAAUGGUUAUCACAGGCGCUGUCUUCCUUUUGCGCGUCGCUACUCGACUUGCUGGACCCUAGACCGAUCACACCUAGUCAUAAGACUGUCAGUAAUCCAGAGAGAAAUGAAGAGACAAUGCCCAACGGUGUGAGUCACAAACCGAGUGCGACAAGUUCAAACCCUUCUACCGCGCCUACUUCACAUACUACCUCACAAGCAUCGCCGACUAGAACUCGAAUAUUACAACAGUUGGGAAAGCUGAUGACGACAUGCUUAGUUUUAAGGAUAGAUGACUUUACCGUAUAUAAGGUUUCCACGGGCUCUAAAACGAAAGAGUCGCCAAGACCUCUAGUUUCCGCUGAGAAGGCAACACUGCCGGGAGACGCAGGGCUACUACACGCUGAACUGACCUUCUUCUAUUAUCCUGGAGAUGUCUGCUUUCCUGUGCCCGCACCAAAACUAUACGUGCAGUUAAGCCCAGUGCGGGUAGUACUAGACGUGCCUAGUGUGGUAUGGCUCGCUGCGUUUCUACCUCACGUGGCUGCAGCUGCUCAGGCCAAUAGUGGGGACACGGGGAGUACGUACAUGGAUGUACGGGCGGAGGUUAUCAUGCCGAAGAUCGUGCUAGAAGCAGGGCCGGAACACAUCGCACAGCAGCGCGACAGACCGCGCGAGUUGCACGUGUGCACCGCGCGUGUCACGCUCACUAAUGUGCGGGAAGCGGCUAGGGCUAAUACCCCCGGUACUCGAGCGGAUUUAGCCUCCAUUAUAGCGGCGUUACGUCGCCACGCCCCGCGGGGACAUUUCCCCAGUUCGACGGACGAUAUGGACCCUAUACACGAGCAGUUUGUGCUGCAUGCUGAUGGUCUCGAUGACAUAGACCGCGGCACGUCCAUAACAUCAGAACUGCUAUGGCGUGAAGCACGUGGCAUAUGGUGCGCACGCGCAGAGCCGCUGUGGGCGGACUUCAGCGGAGCCCGAGCUACCAACUACCGGCCCACGCCGCUGCUCGACGCCACGCCCUUGACCGCCUGGAUGUGUUUUGAAGACGGAUUCAAUCGUAUCUGGGUGAUUGGACGAACUAGUGGUCUAGCUGGACUCCAGAUCAACCAUUACCAGCUGUUGUUUCUCCUGCGACAGCUGGAAAGGGUGUCACAAUUGACUGCGUGGUUGUCUCACCAGGCUGGCAGGAUGCCGGAGGAACCUGGAACGAUAGUAGUAGGCAUGGUUGUCCCGGCGGUGGAGAUGACGCUAGUGCUGCCAACCAGCUGUCCUGGCCAAGAAUCUUCUAGAGACCUGGACAGUGUACCUCUGGAUUCUUCCAGCUUGCAGGACUUGAAAAUGGGCACGUCCAUAGGUUCCGAGUCCACAAUGGCGCCGUCGGUGCUCGACCGUGACUUGGGGCCGCAAAUUCCGCAAAUGCAGCAAAUGCCCCAAAUGCAGCAAAUACCGCAAAUGCAACACAUGCAGCAAAUGCAACAAAUGCAGCAGAUCGAAGUGUGCACGCCGCUGCCGCUGCCUGCUGAAGAACAGCCGCCGAGCCCUGGAAUUGGAUUUGCGGGAUUCUCGUCCAUGCGACGCGGUCUCACAUCCCUAGUGACGUCCAUAGACAGCGCGCUCACACGCGACGACACGCGCAGCGACGCCGCGUCCACGGCCAGCUCGGACAGCGAGCGGUACGUGGUCGUCGGGCUCGCGGCCGAGUCGCCGGACGACGCGGACAUGGCGUUCAGGGAGUUCGAACUGGGCCGUUCGAGCAACAGCGGCGUGGAAAUGGCAGCUGAAGUAGUGGAGAGAUCUUCCUCACCCUCCGACCAUUCUAUAACUAGCUCUUGUAAACGGAGGGAUCUGAUAUCCACGUGUACCUGGCGACUAAACAACAUAUACCUGGUGCAGCAGAGUGUUCCCGGGAAAUCCGCGCUUCGUCUCACCGCUGAUGAUCUGAAGUCAGAUCAGUGCUCGUCUAUACCCUGGGAUGAGUUCCAGAAUAAGUUCUCAAUGCGUGCUCGAGCGUGGAACGAGCCGGUAAACGAAGAUGAACCGAAAGUGAAGGAAAUGCCGCGCGUCGCAGCUAGGCUCGUGCGCAACGAACUGCCUAGACUUCUUGGUGAUGAUGGUCAGCCAACGGGUUUGGCACCGUUCGAGGAGCUUCUAGAAGCCCAGAUACGCGACUUGACCAUGUCCCUUAACAUGAGUACAGCUCUCGCGUUAUCUGAGUUCAUUGAGGAUGAGGUCAUAGCGCCUCCUAUGCCUUUGGAGGUCUUAAUAUCGAAUCUCAAGUUACACCUAAUAGAAGACAGACCGACCCGUUCGAUAUCCUCUCCCCCUCCCCAACCACUAGAUCUCGAUCUAACCACACUUCGCCUAACCCGGGACUCGAACGGGAUACUCCACCUCGGACCACCGGUAACCAUUGAGACACCAAGAGAGAACCCGCCGGAGUUAGUGCACGCUAGAGAAGAGAUAGAUAGACUGAAUAGAGAAAAUGAAGAGCUGAGGAAGAGAUUGAAUACGCUGGAUCGGAUAGCGGAGGACAAUAGGGAGUUGAGGGCUAUAGCAGAAGAAGCCUCCGUAUUACGACAAUGUGCGCACUCAGCGCAACAAGAAGCGGCCAACUUAUUGGCUGAUAAGCAAGAAUUACUCGAAGCUUUGCGGGCCAUGAAGGUAUAUGAUGAGUCCUAAUGCUAGGAGACGAGCUAGGAGUGCUAGGAGGAUUAAGGAGAAGAACAGAUGUCAACAAUGCAGCGUGGGAAAAGGUAGCGAUCACCGUGCUCUCUGGACUGUACGGCGUGUUGCCGCCACGGGAAGGACUAGCGAAAUUGAUGCUUAUUCAUAUAGACAUAAGGACGCUAUUACCGUGUCAUUGUAAACAAUCGUACUGGUUCAUACGAAACUUGAAAAAGCAAUUUUGAUGCUUAAUUACAUGGGAAUAAAGAUGAUUUUACCAUGAACAGUGAUUGACGAUGUUCUAGAAUGUUCUAGAACGUUGGUAUUGAGACAACUUUGAUUUUUGAAUAUUUGCGCAUACGAUUUUUGCCGUCAGGUUCUGUUGUAAUAAACAUAGCAUUUACUUUGUAUCUUUUGAAGAGGUCAAAAAAAUAAUUUGAGUUUUAUAUGUAGCAGGAUAAAGUUGCUUUUACACGAUCACAUUUGAGAAAAUCUACAUGAUAUAGAUUAAAAAUAGCUUAGUGUGUGUGCGAGCGUUCUGAUCGAACAAAUUAGUAUGGCAGUAUGGGUUUGCCAUGCUUUAAAUAUUAACCAAUCAUAUUUACCAAUAUAUGUGAAGUUACUGGAAUACAGAACAUUGGAUAUGGCAUAGCGAUAUUGAAAUAUAUGAAAACAAGUUUGUUAUAAAAAUUGAUACAAAAAUUAACUUGACCUUAAAAUGUUAUAAAUGAUGGAAUAAGCCAAUUUGAUGCUUAAAUAAAAGGUUAACUUUUUCGAUUACCUUGUAUCAAAUCAAAAUAAAGGUAACGAACCUUCUAUCGCAUCUGUUUAUGAAUUGAUAAACGAUUCGAUCAUUACAUUGUUUUUAUUUGCAUUUGUUUAAUAUAAUAUAAAAAUUUAA